UGAAGUGCAUGUGUGUGAUUCCUUCCUCCAUGGUUCAUCCGAGCAAUAAUUUACCCGUCUGCCCAUGCAUGAGACUUCUCCUUACAGUUAGAUCAUCGCUUUGUAGAACAUUCAGGUUGUUGCAACAUGGUGUUUGCAAGUAUAAGCCUUGCAUCAAAGGCAGGACGAUGGAGAACUAACUUCAUUGAUCAAGUUAGGAUUUAUGUCAAGGGUGGAAGUGGUGGUCAGGGCUAUCCUUCCUAUGGUGGGGAAGGAGGCAGUGGUGGAGAUGUCUAUGUCAAAGCAAGCAAGACUGUCACCAUGAAAGAUUUAAAAAACAAGAAACGUUACUCUGCUGGAACAGGAGAAAAUAGUAGGAUUCGAGCUUUGCAAGGGUCAAAAGGAAAUGAUGUCACCAUCAACGCCCCACUUGGCAUAUGUGUCACAACAGAUAAAGGGCAAGUUCUGGGAGAUCUUGAUCAGGAAGGGAAACAGGCAUUGGUUGCAAAAGGAGGCCCAGGAGGUUUCAAUGGCAAUAAAUGGUCUGGACAGAAGGGGCAAUGCCUUAGCAUCAAGUUGAUUCUGAAACUCAUCGCAGACGUUGGACUUGUUGGUUUUCCAAAUGCAGGUAAAUCAACGUUGCUGAAAGCUUUGUCAAGAAGUCAACCCAAAAUUGCAGACUACCCAUUCACAACCAUCAGACCUCAAGUUGGAGUAAUUGAAUAUCCUGAUCAGAGACAAAUUAGUUUGGCUGACCUACCUGGAUUGAUAGAGGGCGCUCACAUGAACUAUGGCAUGGGCCACCGAUUCCUGCAGCACGUAGAAAGGACCAAAUUGUUGCUUUUUAUGGUAGAUGUUCAUGGCUUCCAACUAUCUGACAGACAUCCAUUCCGAAGUGCCUUUGAAACUGUCAUGCUUCUCAAUCAGGAGCUUGAGCUGUAUAAACAAGAGCUGACUGGUAAACCUGCCAUUCUGGCAUUGAACAAGAUAGAUGUGGAGGGUGCUGAUGGUUAUAUGAGAGAAGCAAGACGGUUAAUUCAAGAGAGGGAUUUUGCCAGUAUUUCUGAAGAGCUAAUGGCAGAAUCUGUCAUGAACUUUGAGGAUGUCAUCCCUGUCUCUGCCAAGGAGGGUUUUGGCCUGGACCUCCUGACACAGAGAAUACGGACUGUCAUUGAUGAUUAUGAGGAGGAGUUGAAAGAGCAAGAUCAGAGAGAGAAGGCUGGACAUGGAUGAAAAUUGACAGUCAAUUCCACAACAUCGAUUUUGCUGCCAAAGAAGCUAGAGUAUAUGCUCUGCUGCUAAGGAACACUAGAGCCUUGAGCAUGCUGCUUUAGGACUCUAAAUCCCCCAGCAUCAAUUCUGUUGCUGAAGAAUGAAGAACACUAAAAUCUACAGUACCAGUUCUGCUGCAAAAGAGUUCUAGAACCUUCAGCAUCAAUCUGUUGCCAAGAACACUAAAUCUGAUGUUCUUUUGCCAAAGAAAACUAUAACUUGGGGAUCGGCUCUGGUGCCUUAGAGUGUAUGGUGCUUGUGACAUACAAAUAUUUACAAGAUGUUCGUUCACACAUAAAAGGUUUCAUGCUAAAUUUUGUAUAUUUGGCAGUAAUGAACAAAACAGUUUUAUUAAUCAUCAACUACUGUUAUGAGACUUUAUGUUCAGGCUCAUUUUAUAAACUAUGGGUAUCCAGCUGUGGCUUUGUAGGUUUAAAAAACAGAAUCCGAUAUGUUGCACAACCUGUUUUAAUGCCAGUUGUUUCCGUUAUUCCAUGAUGAUAUGUCACAUCACAGGAUGUAGUGCAUAUACACUGACUGCAUCAUUUACCGUGGUUACACAGUUGAGCUUUAAAAAGCUCAGACUUUCCCAGUGUACCAUGUGUGUUCACUUCUAUUCUCUUCUGGAUCUGAUACAUGGAUUUAUGCUCACUAUCAUUGACAUUUGUGUAGGAUUACUUUAAACGGUUCAUUUGACUUCUUGGUAUAAUUAUAUAUCCACUGAUUUGUUCUUUCAGAAAUAUGAGUGAAAAGAUGGACUUACACAAAAGAAUAACCCAUAACAAAAAUUAUUGUAAUGCAACUAUUCAAUAAACGUCUCACAAAGUGCA